AUUUCUCUUCCGUAACAGAUCUCCACCAUACUGGAUCAGUCUUGUUGUAUAUAUGUUUUAUGAUAACCUCUCGUGAUUAGUUGCUGGUCUCGUGCAGGUGGAGAUGAGGAUGUGGAUGUGACUUUUAAAGAAUGUGAUGUACCAAAGCAGAGAGAGAGGAUGUCCGAGCCAGUGAAGGAUUGCAAUGGAGCAUCUGUAGCUAUUAUUUCAGAAGUUGAACCCAAACAGGCUAUAGAGCAAUUGCUUAUGCAGGAGACCUUUUCAAGGGAUGAAGGUGAAGAACUAAUUAAGUUAGUCGAGUCACGAGUUGUGGAAGUUGUCAAGGAUGAAAUGCAUAAGGAACCGGACAGGACCACAGACAAUGUUGUGGCAUCUCUGAGAACUUGGAAAUAUCUAAACCUAUCGAGGAAACUACCAGAAGCAGUCUCAAAUCCUUCUGGUAAUCUAAAUGCUAACUCUCCAGGAUAUCCUGCUUUCCAAGUUCCUGAAACUGAGUUACAUAAUUCAGCUGUUAUAAAGGCAAAGAAAUGGUUGGAGGAUAAAAAGGUUGCUUCAAGCUCAAGAGUUGAUUUUGACUGUAGAGCUUGCACUUUUGAUACUAAUAUGCUUCAAAAAGAUUUUGGAGGUGAAGAAGGUUCGCCUGUAGACUUGGCUAAAUCAUACAUGCAAUCAGUGUCUCCAUGGAGAUCAUCUUUGAGAAGUAUCAGGUUCGAGAAAACACCAUGUACUGGAAUGCACCUUUACAAUGAUGAAGCACCUUCCACAACUCCUAAUUACUCAAUGUCGUCAUCCAAGGGCUUGAAGAGGGACCAUCCUUCCUGUGGACUGCAUGAUUUGGUUGAUGAAAGCCGAAGAGUACGGCUGAAAUCAACAGAUGGUGCCUCAGACAAUUCCAGUUUUAAACUGAUUAAUUCAUCAGAAAGAAAUUCAAAAGAUGAAGCUUGCAUAACCUCAUAUGCAGCUGAGAAACACAUUCAUCACAAUUCAAACAAUGAGGGACCUGUUGAUGAAGUACAAUUAAUGCGUGAAACUCCAUUAUCUGGCACGUCCCCAAGUGUUGUAAUUGCGGAGCAAGCAACUAUUGGGAAUGCAUCACUUGCCAGUUUGCUUUCGAGAGGUAGGUCAUCAGUAGGAAUUGGUCCUGCUUUUCCCCAUUCAGAAGAGAAACAGGAUGUCGAAGAGCAUUGCCAGGUCAAAGUGCAGCUUGACAGUUUAUCUGGCCCUUGUACUACUCCCACCCUUGCACCCACAACUAAGGAGCAUGCUGGCUUGAUGGAGCAAGAUAGAAUUGAUACGAUACAAGAUGGAGCCGUGCAAAAGCAAGAGAAGAAAGAUCAGAUUCAAGAUGAAUCAAAUAGAUUGAGAAUUUCGGCCGAUGGACCAUCAGCAGGAUUAAGCACAGGCAUAAAUGUUGCACUCGAGGAAGAUCGUAGUGCAGCCAACUUCAGCAAUGAAGAAGGAACAUUUGAGCUUCCAAGCACGUAUAAUACUAAAGUUCCUGCAGCUAAAACAACCAAGAGCAAAACUAGGGCUUCAUCUGGCUCUCGCGGUCGUGCAAAAAUGAAAUCAGUCAAGGAUCCACUGUGGAAGCCUGAACCAAGCGUGAGCCGGGGAAGAGGGAGAAAGUCAGUUCCAGGUGCAAGGAGAGGGAGGGGGGUGUAAAUUAUACCAUUUGAUAGUGUAGAUAGUUUCUGAGUAAUAAUCAAAAUAUUAGUGAAACCAUCAGCAUUCAGUAUUAGAGAAGUUAAAAAUGGGGGUUAGAAUAUGAGGGCCACACUGUACUAUAUGGGAUGAUCAAAUUGCACAAGGUUUGGUGUCUAAUCUUGUUAUGAUGUAAUAUUUACUUGAAUGAUGUGUAACACUAGAUCAUCUAAUUAUUACACUAGAUCAUUUGGCUACCAUGAAUCAGAGUUAUAAUUAAUUA